AAUUGUGAUAGAUUCAUCAUCAUCAUUUUUUUUACUCUUCAUCAUCAUCAUUUGAAAUCCAUAUUUGCUUGACCAUUUUAAUCUAUCAAAAUCUUCAAAUGUUAUAGAAAAAAAAAUGAAUGAAUUGUUUCGAAAUUUAGGCCUUUCAUCAUCAUCAUCAUCGACAUUGGCAACGGUGGCUACAUCGUCGACAACAACAACAACAUCUGGUAAUGAAAAUUGUUUAGUCAAUCCUUUCGUUGGCGAUAUUGUUGACGUUGGAAAUUUUCAUCUACGUCUUGAAUUGUUGAUUGCAGAAGGUGGAUUUGGCUAUGUUUUCCAAGCAAAAGAUCUUAAAACGUCCAAACUUUAUGCUGUCAAACGAAUGAUCUCUUCGGAUAAUGAAUCAAAAAAAGAGAUUGAAAAUGAAAUCGCUAUACUUGAACGUAUACAAACUCAUCGACAUAUUAUGGAAUUCUAUGGCUACAGUAUCAUCAAAUCCAAUGUUUAUUAUCUUUUAUGUGAACAUUGUGGUUCUGGAUCAUUGAAAGACGUGAAUUUACCGAUUGCCGAUAAACAACUGUUGAAUCGUGUUAUUUAUCAAAUUACACUGGGCUUAGAAAAACUUCAUCUAAUGAAUAUCAUUCAUCGUGAUGUUAAAAUUGAAAACAUUCUAUUUGAUUCUAAUGGCUUCGUGAAGCUAUGUGAUUUUGGUUCAGCAACUGAUAAAUCAUAUAAACCUGAUCAUAAUUGGACACCAAUUCAACGAUCAUUGUUAGAAGACGAAAUGAAUCGUCAUACUACACCAAUGUAUCGACCUCCAGAAAUUCUCGAUACAUAUCUUCAUUAUGAGAUUAAUACAUCGAUGGAUAUCUGGGCGCUAGGUUGUUUGAUUUUCUGUAUCCGUUUUGGUCAACAUCCAUUUGAAGAUUCAUCUAAAUUACGUAUCAUUAAUUGUAAAUAUUCGAUUCCAUCAUCAGUCAACCAUCAAGAAACGAUAAUAGAUAUGAUCAAACAAUGUUUGCAAGUGAAUCCAGCUGAUCGAAUCGAUUGUUCAACUAUACUCAAACGAAUGGACGAAAACUUUGUUGAUCUGAAUUCUCCAUGUAUUAUGCCGAAAAUUCCUCCUCAUUCAACGAAAAUGUCACCGAUCGCUGAACAACCAGCAUUAGCGAAUUUGCAAUCCACUGUCCCAGUACCCGGUAUAGCGCAAUCAUAUUUUGCCGGUUUUACUAGAUACAUAAAAGAUACAUCAAACAAAGUCAUGCAAACUGUUCAAAAUUCUAUAGCUAGACAAGAUUUAGACAUGACAUUUUAUACAUCUCGUCUGCUAGUCAUGUCUUAUCCAGCUGAAGGGCUAGAAUCUGCUUACAGAAAUCAUAUUGAUGAUGUACGGGCUGUUCUUGAAUCUCGUGAUGCUCCAUAUUGUGUGAUCAAUGUUAGUGGACGUUCAUAUGAUGGUACGGUGAAAUUUGGUCCAAAAAUUAAAGUCAUUGAUGGUGGAACUGAUUGGAAAGAUCCAAAAAGAGUUGCCCCAUUAAUUUCAAUUAUCUCAUUAUGCGAUCAUAUAUUUAAAUGGAUGAAUCAGAAUGAUCGUCAUACGAUUGUCAUCCAUUGUAUGGAUGGCAAAAACAAUUCCUCAAUGUUGACCAUAUCAUUUUUGGUUUUGAUUGGACUAUUUCGUGAUUAUCAUCAAGCUCAUAAGUUUUUCCUAUUGAAGCGGAAUCCUGUUGAACUUACAUCAUCUCAGCAUCGAUAUCUUAAUUAUAUAACAAAGCUCAAGAAAGAAAAAUAUUUAAAUUUCUUUUCAAUGAAAAAACAAGUGGUAAUUAAAUCAAUUAAAAUGGUUGGCAUACCAUUAUUCACCAAGAUACGCGAUGGAUGUAGACCCUUUGUUGAAUUAUACUCGAAUCUAUCUUCAAAAAUCUAUUCAACCUUCACCGAUUAUGAGAAAUUGAUCCAUUAUACAAAAGGGAUUAAUGAACUUGUGAUUUGGCGUGAUGUUAACGUUACUUUUGAUAUAACUUCUGAUCUAUACCUUGUCAUCUCGCAUGCACGAUCAACGAUUGGUUCGAAAAUGUUGAAUCAACAAAAACCGACUGCCAUCAGAAUAACAUCCUUACAAUGCAAUUUAUUUUUUGAAAAUGAUAAUCAUGAUGGCCAAUAUAAAAUUGAAUUCAAUUUGACCGAUUUGGAUCAUACUGAAGAGCUGGAUAGGUUUCCAUUUGAUUUCAAAAUUGAAAUUGAUUAUGAAAUUACUCCAAACGGAAUUCAAGCUGACAUUGUCAACAAACAGCAAUUUCAAUCUGAAAUUAGCGAAUUAGAGAUAUUGUUGAUCGAUAAACCAGAAUGUGUAUUUGUCGAUAAUAGGGAACAUGAAGAAUUUCUUGAAAUCAACUCUGCUGUUAUGAAAGAGAGUCCUCAUGAAAUUAAGGCUGAUGUUUAUAGUCAAACAUUAUUGGUUGACACGGAAAAAUCAAACGCUACAAAUAAUAUUGAUUUUCUUAAUAUGAAAAUGAACAAUGUUGACCUAUUGGAACAGUGCAAUGAAAUUAAAAAUGAAUUGAGUAGUGAAGAAAAAACUGAUUUAUUGGUUAAUUUAAGUUUUGGAGAAUCAAUCAGCAAAAACGAACAGAACAAAUUUUCCGAUGAUUUAUUAAACUCACCUAAAAUUGAUUUAUUCAGUAAUAAUAAGGAAUUCAAUACUUAUUCAAAAUUGACAACAGAUGACCUGCUCAGCAUGGAUCAAUCGCCCGAUCUUGACGAUAAAUUAGUGUUUCCAACAAACGCAUCACAAUUUAAUCCCACAAUUAUCAAUGACAUUUCGAAGAUGGGUAAUAAUCUAAAAUCAAAAAAUCCAUCAACACCAAAUCUAGCUACCACUUUUGAUCCUUUCGGUGAUCUCGGUGAUUAUCUGAAUUUUUCCAGCGAAACUAAUCAUUGUAAUCAAUCGUCAAUUCCAGUAUCGUCAAUACCUCGUGUUUCUUCUUGUAAUGAUUUUCCUGAUGAUACAAAAACGAACAAAAGUACAACAAAAACUGAUCAAACAAAACAAACUCGACCCGAUUAUAGUCGUCAUAAUUUUGAUGAUAUCUUUUCAAGAACCGGGCUGAAAACACCUCGGGUUAAUGGCAAUGAAUUUGAAGAUCUUCUAUGUGGUUUCAAAAAAUCCAAUCCAGAAAGCAAUACAACUAAAACUAUGGCUCAAAUUCGAAAAGCAGAAAUGCUUAAAGCAGGAGCCAAUCCUAUUCGUCUAAAAGUGGGCGAAUGGACCGAAAAUAAAGAGAAAAAUAUACGAGCUCUGCUCUGUUCCUUGAAUAGUAUCGUUUGGGAAGGCUGCAAUUGGACUCCGAUCGGAAUGCAUCAAUUAUUGACACCGAACGAUGUUAAAAAAAUGUAUAGAAAAGCUUGCUUGGCUGUUCAUCCAGACAAGCUGGUAGGUAAUCCACAUGAAGAAUUGGCCAAAUAUAUUUUUAUUGAGCUAAAUGAUGCUUGGUCGGAAUUCGAAAAAAAUCAACAAUAAAAACUGAUAUAUGUGUGAAAUCUUUUUUGUGACCUUAAAUUUGUGGUUAUGGCCAUUCUUAAUUAUCAAUAUAAAAACUUUGUAAUUGUGUUUUGGAUUUUAUUUUAAAAGUCCUCCCACGACAUA